CUUUCAUUUGCGCUCAGCCGCAUACACAGUCACAGAGGGAGGACGGACGGACGGACAGACGGUCUCGGUGUCUAUGUAGUCAGGGCAAAGGAAGGAUUCUUCAUUUUUUGGCACGAUUUCUCUCAUCCAAGAACUGGAUUUUUUAAUCUAAAAAAAACAAAACAUUUUGAGAUUUUUCAAUUUCAUUUUUGUGUUUAGAAUAUCUCACGGUAAUAAUAAUAAUAAAAAAAAAAUGGGAGCCCACAUGUCCAAGGGAGAUGUAGCUGUGGAGGGGAAUGUCGUCGCAGACCCUGCUGCUGCAAAAGCCAACGGCCAGGAAAACGGUCACGUCAAGACCAACGGUGACGUAUCCGCCAAGCCUGACGGAGAUGCGGCCGCUGCAGACGGCAACGGCACGGCCGAACCGGCUAAGGAGGGAGAGGCCGGCGCCGGGGAUGCCAUCGAACCCGCCCCUGCGGGAGACGGCGAAGCGGCCAAGACGGAGGCCGAGGCCCCUAAAGAUGGAAAGAAGAAGAAGAAGUUCUCCCUGAAGAACUCCUUUAAGUUCAAGGGCAUCUCGCUGAAGAAAAGCAAGAAGGGCAGCGAGGAGGCCAAGGAGGAGGCCACCUCCCCCGCGGGCGAAGAGAAGCCCGAGGAGAACGGCCACGCGGCCAAGGAAGCCAAAGAUGAGACGCCAGCCACCGAGGCCAAGGAGGGCGAGGCGGCCGCCGCUCCAGAGGGGGACGCCAAGGACGCCGAGGAGGCGGCUCCUGCCACGGAGGCGGCUCCGACCGAGGAGGCCGCCCCCGCCGCCGCCCCCGCUGAGGAAACGACACCCGCUGCCCCCGAGGGCGACGCCAGUGCGGAGUGAUUGCACCUCCACGACUGAACUAAUUUUUCCAAGAUUAAAGUAUAUAAAUAUAUAUGAGAGACUCAUGCCACGUUCUUAAAGUUAUACAACAAAACUACAAAGAAGACAAAGGAUAUAUCACAUUGGACGAUUCAACCACCAGUUCACUUGCCUUUUUUUUCCUCCUUUUUUUAAAUUUUUUUAAAUCAGUCCUCGACAAACGGAAUCUCACCGGGCCCUCAAAUUGAUGCGAGUGUCUCCCCCUCGAGGUACACACAGGGAGCGGCAUGUGGAGAAGGUAAUGAACUGGAUAUGGAGCCAAUCCGGGAUAUAGUACACAAGUCCCAAUUAAUGAUGGAGAGGUACCCUUCAGCGUGGCAGCCCUAUAACCUAUUUUUUUUUUGGUCUCAUUUUUGGGAUUUAACGAUUGCCAAGCAAGGCAUAGCAUCUCUAUUCGAAAUGACUUACAUGGAUGCAUAAAAGCUUUCAAAUUGUGUUAAUUUUGCGAAGUAUACAUUCCUAUGUUUUGCCCACAAAUUUCAAGUAUUUUGACAUGUGCUAGGAAAAACAAUGGGGGGGAUGGGAGAAAAUCAGUCUUUGUGCAUUUGGAUUGUUUCCGGGCUAAAGCUUCUUGAGUAUUUGCAGUGUUCACAUUUCAGAGUUUAUGAGGCAGGGCUUGGGAUUGUGUACAAAAUGUGAGCUUUUUAUCUGCAAAACCUUUCAAUGUAAAUAUGUUUCGGCCAAUGUUUUUGGUUCUCUUUAUUUUGCUAUCGUUUGAAGAUGUCGAUGGUUUUAUUGUAACUUUUACUAAGGGUAAAAUAAAUGUUUGAUUCCCCUCUUA